CUCUUUAAGUUAGGACACCGUUUGUAUCCAAACAAAAACAUCUGGUUUCAGCGUUAGCAUAGGAUCGAGCUUUCAUUGAAGCCGUGAACUUUCCUUUUUCAAGAUCUGAAGACAGGAGAAAAGGAACAAAGAAUAUCUAAAUACCAGAGAGACCAAACUCGUCGUUUAUGUGUUCCAUCGUGUUGUGUGCUUUAAAUUAGAAACCAAACCAAAAGGGUGACAAUAAAAACACAUUUAGAAGCUUAGAAGAAGGAGUUUGUGAAGUUCUAGUUGGUUAGUGUACCGUUUCUGGCAAAUGCAGUGUCUCUUCUCUCUGGAUAGAAUACUAUUAGAGUAAUAUAGGCUUUAUGAUGAUGGAGAAUAAGCACAGUGUCUGUUCUCUUGAAGAAAGCAGCAUGAAACGACACAAGUCUGAUCUCUCUUUCUCUUCCAAGGAGAGGAAGGACAAGGUUGGAGAACGUGUUUCAGCUCUUCAACAGCUAGUUUCCCCUUAUGGAAAGACCGACACUGCAUCAGUUCUUCUGGAGGCGAUGCAAUACAUUCAGUUUCUUCAAGAACAAGUCAAGGUUCUAAGCGCUCCAUAUCUGCAAACAUCUCCCACUAUUACGCAGGAAGAGCUGGAGGAGUACAGUUUGAGAAGCAGAGGGUUGUGUCUUGUCCCAAUGGAGUAUACAUUAGGGAUUGCUCAAAGCAAUGGUGCUGAUAUAUGGGCUCCUGUGAAGACUCCAACAUAUCCUGCUUUUGAUGUCUGAUUCCACCGCUGCUAAGAUAUGUGUGUCUCAAGAGUCGAGAGUGAGACUAAUGAAAGAUAAAUCAAAAAGUUAGUCUGAGGAUGUCUAUGUAACAUGCAUUGAUGGAGAGUGAUCAUAGUCAUCAGUGAUGGCUGUUUCUGUUUUUUUUUUUACUGUUUAAUCUCCAAACUAUGUUGAUGGCUUCAUAGACCAUUACUUGGAUUUGUAUAAUUUUUCUACUACGUUUGAUAAUAAUAACUCAUUCGAACGCA